ACUACCUGAGGUURCUAACAACGGAAAUGUAGGUGAAGAUUUAUUCACUGUCACAUGAACUUUAUUAAGGUAUUUUUUUCUUUUUCUUUUUUUUACCACCGAAGGGAACACCUGUCACAGAAAGGCGGUAAAUACAAAUGUUCAUGGCGACUUCGAAGUCGUUUUACUGCAAAGACCUUCCCGAAUUAUUGGUUGAUUAUCGUUCAAAUGAAUCCAAAGUUCGACUUGUUCGCAGUUUAUCAAAGGGAACAGCCGUUCCUUUUCUCUCUCUCUCCUCGUGCUUUAAUACCCAGUCUGAUCCGGCAUUUUGUGGACUCUCCACGCUUGGUAUUAUCUUAAAUUCACUGAGAAUCGACCCUCAAAGAUGGUUUUCAGAGGAGCGUUUAGACUGCUGUCGUCCUUCAGAGGUCGUAAAGAAGGCUGGUAUCACAAUGGAGGAGUUUCAGUGUCUUGCACAUGGCAAUGGAGUAUUAUGCAAGUUAGUCAGACCAAAAGACAACGAAAAAGACUUCAAAAUGUUUUCAAAGGCACUUUUCAGUGCUUGUACCGGAGGCAGAAACUUGAACUGCGAGAAGAAGUGCUAUGACCGUUAUGAUCGAGAAAAUAAUACGUGUGAAAGUAAGCAUUUAGUUGACGAGGGAAACCCAAAUACUUAUAUGGUAGUAUCAUAUAACCGGAAGGACCUAAAUCAGGAAGGAAAAGGCCACUACAGUCCAGUCGCUGCCUAUGACGAGGAAUCUAACUCUGCUUUGAUUCUGGAUACUGCUAGGUUCAAGUAUCCACCAUACUGGGUUUCUUUGCAAGUUCUUUUUCAGUCUAUGCUUGCUGUAGAUGACACAACUGGGAAAAGUCGUGGUUAUUUCUUGAUUACUCCAAAAAAUAAACUCCGCCAAGACGGGCGUGCUGCUGUGUUUGGAAAGAGCUACUUGUUUUUGUGAAAAGGAGAACUUCACCCAAUGUGCAGUCACAGCGGAGCGCCUGUCACAAUUGAGG